AUCUUUCAAGCUGAACAAUUAGAAAUAUUCUUGUCCCAUUUUUUAAUGAACAUCAUUCUUAUUCUGAUGUGUAAUGAUUCUCCUACUCAGCUUGGAAUCGAGACAUACAAACCUGUUAUGCUCCAUCAGCCAGUGUGAUUCAAACUCUCUUUUGAAUGAGAUAUCAAAGGCAUCUUUAGCACCAGAAUCAACCUACAUUGCUAAGCCAGCUGCCUCAUGGCUUGAUGACUUUCUUGUAUGGUUAUCACCAGAGGCUUUUGGUUGUUGUCGGAAGUUUGUAAACGGUUCUUAUUGUCCACCUGAUGAUCAGCCACCUUGUUGUGCACCUGAUGAAGGUACUUGUGGCUUUGGAGGAGCUUGCCAAGACUGUACAACGUGCUUCCGCCAUUUGGAUUUGGUCAAUGAUCGUCCAUCUACAGCGCAAUUCAAGGAGAAGCUUCCAUGGUUCCUCAAUGCACUGCCAUCUGCUGAUUGUGCAAAGGGUGGCCAUGGGGCAUAUACCAAUAGUGUGGAUCUGAAUGGUUAUGAGAGAGGUGUUAUACAAGCAGCUGAGUUUCGUACCUAUCACACCCCACUUAACAAACAAGGUGACUAUGUGAACUCAAUGCGAGCUGCACGGGAGUUCAGCUCUAGAAUUUCUAGUUCAUUAAAGAUGGAUAUCUUCCCAUACUCGGUGUUUUAUAUCUUCUUUGAGCAAUAUCUGGAUAUAUGGAAGAUAGCUUUGAUAAACAUUGCAAUAGCACUUGGUGCGAUAUUUAUUGUUUGUUCUGUAAUCACAGCCAGUUUAUGGAGUUCAGCAAUCAUUUUACUUGUUUUGGCAAUGAUUGUUGUUGAUCUCUUGGGUGUAAUGGCAAUUUUAGACAUCCAACUAAAUGCAGUCUCUGUUGUAAAUCUUAUAAUGUCGAUAGGGAUUGCUGUCGAGUUCUGUGUGCAUAUAGUACAUGCCUUCUUGUUAAGCCCUGGGCAUAGAAGCCAACGUGCAAAGGAGGCAUUGAGUACCAUGGGCGCUUCUGUCUUCAGCGGAAUUACACUUACCAAGCUAGUUGGAGUGCUUGUCCUUUGUUUCUCAAGAUCAGAAAUUUUUGUGGUUUAUUACUUCCAAAUGUACCUGGCAUUAGUCGUUAUUGGCUUCUUGCAUGGGCUUGUAUUUUUACCGGUGGUGUUGAGUUUAUUUGGUCCACCGGCAAGAAUAAUCAUUGAGAACCAGCAAGUAGAUGAACCUCCUGCUUCAUCACUCGCAAACUGAUCUAUACAGCCUGUGUUUUCUUGAGUGAUCGGAAAACACUCUACUGUAAAUUGAAGUUUAAAUGUCUUUUCACUGCCAUGAGACAAUUCAUUUAAAGGAAAUUGGAAAAAGAAGACCAAAUGCAUAGGAAUUAAACCUCAUCAAAAGAC